AUGCUGAGGCCCGCCACUCCUCUGACCGUUUUGCUGCUCAUAUCCUUCGUUUUCCUCCUGCUGUCGGUCCUCUCAACGCCUGUCAUCCACAGCAUCCCCCUCGCAACCUAUCAAGGAGUUAAUUUUGGCGUCUUCGGCUACUGCACACCAACCAAAUGCAGUGGCAUCAGGGUGGGAUAUACAACUGAUGGCCUCUUCCCCUCCGGGGACACCGACUUCAGUCUUUCCUCCUCUACCAGACACUCGUUAUCGUCCCUCCUCAUCGUCCAUCCCGUCGCGGCCUUUUGUAACUUGGUCUGUCUUGCACUGGCUGGGGCUGCUCACUUGCACUCGCCCUCUCAUUCCGCCCGCUACCUUCUAGGCCUGCUGAUUUUGCUACUGCCAACCCUCCUGGUCACUCUGCUGGCUUUCCUAGUCGAUAUAUUACUCUUUGUGCCACAUUUACAAUGGGCCGGUUGGAUUGUUCUCGCUUCCACUAUCCUCAUCGCCGCUUCAGGUGUUGUGACCUGUGCCAUGAGGCGGACUCUAGUCUCUAGGAAAGCGCGUAAGAAGAGAAUUGCCGAGAAUGCUGAAAUGAGUGGAGAGAACUACUACAAUCGACAAGCACAAGAAUCAAAGACGGUUGCGCAAACAUUUACCACAGAGCCUACUAUGCCCAUGGUUAAUGGCUCGCCUGGCGCAGACCGGCUGCCCACCUUCGCAACCUUUGAUGCAAGCCAAAAGUCUGACGAAGAGCGCCAACCUCUCCGAGCGCAAGCUCUGUCCAAUGAGCCAAGUCUGGUCACGCCUACUCGAGAUACGGCAUCGGAACGAUACUAUGGGCCUCCCUCCAGAUCGAGCAGUCGACCACCCUACAACGGGCCACGAGAUCAGUUCGGAAAUCACCCUCCGCCGCCGCCAGUGCCGUCCGCUGCAGAUGGAACCACGGUGCCAGGACAAUACAGACGAUCUGGAGACGAACCGACUCCUCCUAGUCCUUAUCGUGACCGCAGCCUGCCACCGCCGGGGCCGGGUGGUCGAGGCUAUUCGCAGCGUGGCAGAGGCACUUACCCCCCUCGAGGUGGCUAUCCUUCGCGGGGAGGCGGUUUCGGCCCCAGGGGGCUACCUCCACAAGGCUAUCCUGGCAGAGGUGGAUUUUCUACUGACAUGAGAGGCGGAUAUGGUGGACGUGGUCGAGGUGGAAUUCCGCCCGUCGCCCCUGGUGGCCCACGACGACCACCUCCAGGAUAUCCGCCCAAUGGAGUUGACAGUGCAUCAGAGAGGUAUAGUCCACCGGACGAAUACCCAGUUGCAAUGGGACCCCCGCUACCGAUGGCACCAUCGCAACAAUACAUCGAAGACAUUGAGCGGAGGUACGACAACAGGAGUCCUUCUGUCUACACUCAAGGAGAGGAGGCGCAAGGUCCAUACGGAGCGAGAGCGCAGUCCCCAGCAAGGGACAGAACAUCACCAUAUGGUAGUCGUGUUCAAUCUCCGUCGGGGACCCUCCGUCGACCUUCCCCGCCUCCAGCUAUGCCUCCAUUGCCGACUACUCGUCCCGUCGAAAUGGCCGGCACCUCAGUGCGGGACUUCAAACCUCAGAGGUCGCAGAGUCAAGAUCCCUAUGUACCUCCGCGGGCUAUUUGGAACAAUAUGUCGGGUGAUGAUUUGGAGUACCCGAGGUCACCUGGAAGACAAGGUCAAUCUCCUGUCGAGCUCCCUACAAGCGGCAGUCACGUAGGUGGGUAUAGCAGUCAACCGCGUAGACCGCGCGUCAACUCUGGAGGGAGUGAUGUCUACUAUGAAGAUGUCGACCCACGGUUCGCUUCUGACCCAGAACCGCCAUUGCCACAAAAUCCACAGCUGGAAGAACGGAACCGGAGACCUCCUCCACUUCUCAAUCCAGGACCACCCGGCCAUUACCGACCCGACUCAUACAAUGAGAUUCCCCCAACAAACUCGUAUGAGGAAUUGCCCGGUGCCCGAUCGCCGGCGGAAAGCGAGACCAGCAAUUUUACCUCCGUCAGCCAGCGCGGGGUCAAUCCCAAUUGGCGGCCUGGGCCUGGCAACGGAGGCGAGUUCAGCGGUCUGGGUCCUAUGAGGAGGCGAGAUCAUCAGACGAGGCAAGACAUGCUCCUGGCAGGUAACCCAGAUUUCGAGCUGCCCGGUUCCAUGGGGCCACCGCGUCUCCCAACACGGGGUCGUGGCGGUGGCCCUGGGAUGAGGGGUGGAAUGAUGAGAGGACCAGCUCGUGUUCCACCAGCUAGUGCCGUGGGUAGUGGUGGCGAUGGUCCCUAUCCGGUUCCCAUGGGAUCACCUCUGCCUGGAGGGCCGAUGGGACCACCCGGACCUGGGCCAGGACCAGGGAUUGCGCCGGGACCCGGGAUGGGAAUGGGAGGCAUGAGGGAGAUAUGA